GCUUCCCAGGCGUUCGCAGUCCGCAAUGAAAGUAUUUGUAUGUCUUCUGGCGCUGGCCGCCACUUUGGCAACCGCCAAUGCAGGACUUCUGGGUCUGCUGAAGGGCGGCGGAGGUGGCGGUGGCUAUGGCGGUGGCUAUGGCGGCGGAUACGGUGGUGGCUACGGAGGAGGUUAUGGUGGUGGCGGCAGCGGUGGAGUCCAGGUCGUCAAAGUGAUCAACACCUAUGAGGGAGGACACGGCGGUGGCUACGGAGGUGGGUACGGAGGAGGCUACGGAGGUGGAUACAGCGGUGGCCACGGAGGCGGUGGCUGGAACUCUGGUAGCUACGGAGGUGGUUACGGAGGCGGUUACGGCGGCGGCUACGGAGGUGGUUACGGAGGUGGCCACGGAGGCGGCAGUCGCGUGGAUGUCUACAAAGUGAUCACAACCACCCACGGAGGUGGCUACGGAGGUGGUUACGGUGGUGGCUACGGAGGUAGCUACGGAGGCAGCUACGGAGGUGGUUAUGGUGGCCAGUCAGGAUGGUGGAAGACCAAGUAAAAAGGAUAUUCUGGCCCACCAAUGCCCCCUCAAAUCCCUCGUGCCCCCCAAAUUCCUCAUGCCCCAGAACUACCUUCCAUUUAGUCGUAAUCCGGAUAAAAACUCGUUCACGUACCUGAAAAAAAUCUUCCAUAGCCACGCAACCCGAAUCUAUUUAAUGUCAGUAAUUCUCAAAUUGGCCAAAACUAGUUUCGGAUGAUCGGCAAACUGCUUGGCAAACACACAAAUAAAAUCAAAUUAAUAAUAACAAAAUAUAAAA